UACUUAACUUGCUAAUCAUGUUUUUUUUUUUUUUAAAUGUCAUGUGAAGUGGAAGUAGAUAGUGAAGAAAGUCAUGUUGAUGAUUAUGAUGAACUUGAAGAAGUUAGUGACGAUGAUGCAACAAGCAUUUCCAAGUAUCCACAUUUUAUAGCUACACUGAAGAGUUAUAACAUCGGCAGAUCUUUCUUGACGAUUCCAACGAAGUUUGCGAAAUCAAACAUUCCAGAUGAUGUAGAAACUGUUUUUCUUAUAGAUGAAGAACGAAAAGAAUGGCCUGUUAGACUAACUCGUCGCAGAGAUGACUAUGGAGUUCAUUUUGGACUUGGUUGGAAGGAUUUCCAGUCACAAAAGAGGUUAAAGAAAGGAGACAUUUGUCUAUUUGAACAAAAGAAUGAAGAUAAGCUGGUGUUCACUGUUAGUAUUAUUAGAGAGAUCUAAUUAGGAGAUGAAACUAGCAACCAAUUUGUGUUUUCUUCUUCUUUCUCUGUAUGAGAUGAAGGAUUUCGGACUCUUUAAGUGUUAAAUUUUAAUUACCUUGUUUUGGGUAUGUCUGUUCUAGAUGUGGUUUACCUGCAGUUGCAGUGUGAUGUGUGGUUUGA